AUGUCACACAACCAAAUAGGACUCCGUAUUGACGGUCGUCGCCCUGCGGAAUUGAGAAAGAUCACCAGCACAACGUGCGUCUUGUCGCAGGCAGACGGAUCGGCAUACCUUGAGCACGGAAACACCAAAGUCCUCGCAGCUGUCUAUGGACCUCGUGAAGCCCGUCACCGCGCCCUUGUCCUUCACGAUCGUGCCAUCCUCAAUGUCGAACUCAACGUCGCACCCUUCAGUUCAGGAGAGAGAAGGAGGAGAAGCAAGAACGACAAGCGCUUGUUGGAGAUGGCGUCGUUUGUGAAGCAGACGUUCGAGCCAGUGGUCAUUGCUACACUCUACCCACGCUCGCAGAUCGACAUUUACCUGCAAGUGAUCCAGCACGACGGAGGCACCCUCCAGGCAUGUAUCAAUGCGACCACAUUGGCGUUGAUCGACGCAGGAAUCGCCAUGACAGACUAUGUCUGUGCUUGUACAGCAGGAUGGGUCGAACGUGAGGCAGCAAUUGAUCUCAACUAUAUCGAAGAGUCGUCAGAUACCUCUGAGGUCACAAUUGCGAUGCUGCCCAAGAGCAGCAAAAUCACAUUGGCGCAGAUGGAGUCACGGUUACAUGUGGAUAAGCUGGAAGAGGUGUUUAGACUGGCAGGCGAGGGUUGUAAGCAGAUGUAUGAGGUUAUGGAUAAGACGAUUCGUGACCGGGCAGAGGACCUUGCACGGAAGAUGACCGUGUAG